UACAAUAUUUAACAGCAAAACAUACUUUGGUCUCGGCUGCUCAACGUUAUCUUCAAAAGUCUCUUCCUUUUCGAAAAAGUGAUGCUCAAAAAUUAUUGAGAAUUGAUGUAAAUAAAGCUAGCAAACUUUGGGAAUUCUUUCAACAAGUUAAAUGGAUUUAA